AUGCCUCCUAAGCUCCGCUCCAGCUCCAGCUCUGCAGGGACAGCGAAAGAACGAUAUCCAGCCGCAGACAAGGCCGUUGAACGAGGAAGAGAUGAUAGAAGUGUGACAAAGGCCACCACGAGAACAGCCGGGGCGAGCCCCACGAAGCUGAAAGAAGAUUCGCCUAUUAAGAAUAUCCCUCCAACUCAUCUACUCGAUGUGUAUGUGUUUGGAACUAACUGCUACGGCGAACUUGGACUGGGAGAUCUGACAAGGAAAUCGGAAUUGCUGCGCCCCGUUCUCAACAAAAAGCUAGAUGCGCGAAAUAUUGGAGUCGUUCAUAUCGCUGUUGGGGGCGUUCAUUCUGCGGCCCUUACGCAUGACAAUCAAAUUCUGACAUGGGGCGUUAAUGAUGAAGGGGCUUUGGGAAGAGAUGUUAAGCAAUAUGGGGAUGAGGAUGCGGGCGAUGUGGAUAGCGGCAAAAGCGAUGUCCCAUCAGAAGCUACGCCACUGCCUGUGGACCCGUCGUACUUCGGAAGCGGCAUUGUUUUUUCUCAACUUGCUGCCUCGGAUAGUGCGACCUUUGCUUUAACAACGGACGGCCUGGUAUAUGGCUGGGGAACUUUCCGAGGGGCUAAUGGAGGAGUUGGGUUCUCUCCCUUAAGCAAGCAAGAGCAACGAACACCUCUUCUGAUCCCUCUACAUGAUGUCGUCAAAAUUGAUGCUGGUGCACAACACGUGCUAGCAUUGACAUCAAAAGGUACCGUUUUUAGUUGGGGCUGUGAUGAACAGAAUCAACUUGGAAGAUGCCGAGCAAGUCGUCAUCAACCUCAUCCUCUAGAACCCAAAUUAUGCGCUCUCCCAACCGGGAUCAGAGACAUUGGGGUGGGGCUGUAUCACUCUUUCGCUAUCCAUAAAAAGGGUGACGUAUAUGCAUGGGGCUCCAAUAAUUUUGGCCAAACCGGCGUUACAACGAGCGCCGGUCAGAACGAUGCAAUCGUGGCAUAUCCAAAUAAGGUUCCUGGUCUGAAGAAGUAUGGCCUACUUGUCUCGAUUUCCGGUGGAAAGGAUCACAGCAUGGCUAUCACUGAGCAAGGUGAAUGUCUCAUUUGGGGUCGCAUUGAUAAUAAGGCACUUGGCAUUGCACUCGAAGAUAUGCCUCAAGCAGACAUCAUUUAUGACACAUAUGGUAGACCACGAAUAUUGAAACGGCCUAAUCUUCUGACCGGGGUGGGGGACAAAAUUACUUUCGGAACUGCGGGAACUGACCACUCCUUCGUGAUCACAGAAUCCGGGACGGCCUAUAGCUGGGGUUUUAAUGCCCAAUGUCAGGCUGGUCAGCCCGGUUUGGAUGAGGUCGAAAGGCCAACUCUUCUUCACAGCAAGUAUCUCGAAGGGAAGAAGCUGGUUUCGCCAGCCGCCGGUGGUCAGUUCAGCGUCGUCUUUGCAGAACAUUCGACAAAAGACUCGUGCAUGUGA